CUCUUUCUCGUGCUUGCUUGAGCCGCCUGUCUCUUAUUGCUUACUUCCGGGCCAUUUCUUGGGACAUUUUCGGGGAUUGAUUUAUCUUCUUUUUUCCAAUCCCUCCCCAAAAGUAUGAGAUAACAUUGCCGUUCAAACCUCCAAACCGGCUUCCCUACCUUCCCGAAAGCGUCCCCCCCCACCAGAAGCCGCAGUCGUCAUACUCGAGGCCACCCAACGUCGAACACCCUCGGCCAAACCGAGCGGACGAGCCCUUGUGAUACUCACCUGCGACAAUCUUCGAAAUGGCUGGAGCAUCGAAGAUCGAGCGUCUUCCACCAUGGGGCAGUGCCGUAGCAGGCGCAACCGGUGCCGUGAUUGCGAAUGCCCUCGUCUACCCUCUUGACAUCGUGAAAACCCGUCUACAAGUCCAGGUCAAGAAGAAGGUCACCAAGGACGAUCAUUCGAAUUCCAACGGUACCAUCGUUGCCGCCGAAGACGACCAUCACGAACAUGACCACCACCCACAUUACCACUCCGCUAUGGACGCCAUCCACAAGAUCGUCGGGGACGAGGGCGUCUCCGGACUCUACGCUGGCAUGGCCGGCUCCCUCCUCGGCGUGGCGUCCACGAACUUCGCCUACUUCUACUGGUACACGAUUGUCCGCACAUUUUACUUCAAGUACUCGAAAAGCAGCCAGCACCCGGGGACGGCGAUCGAGCUGGGCCUGGGGGCGGUGGCCGGCGCGCUCGCGCAGCUGUUUACAAUCCCCGUGGCGGUGACCACGACGAGGCAACAGACGCAGCCGAAGAAGGACCGGAAGGGGUUCUUCGAGACCGCGAUGGAGGUGAUCGAGGGCGAGGAUGGGUGGAGAGGGUUGUGGAGAGGGCUUAAGGCCAGUCUGGUGUUGGUCGUCAACCCUGCCAUCACAUACGGUGCCUAUCAGCGGUUAAGAGAGAUGAUGUUCGAUGAUAAGAAGCAGUUGAAAGCGGGCGAGGCAUUCUUGUUGGGCGCCUUGUCCAAGAUGAUGGCCACCAUCGCAACACAACCUCUCAUCGUGGCCAAGGUCGGCCUCCAAUCUCGACCGCCGCCAUCACGACGGGGCAAACAUUUCAAAGGUUUUGUCGAGGUCAUGGCUUACAUCGUUGAGCACGAAGGCCUGUUGGGCUUGUUCAAGGGCAUUGGACCCCAGAUCGUGAAGGGCCUUCUCGUGCAAGGUUUCCUGAUGAUGACCAAGGAGAGAGUGGAGCUCCUUUUCCUCGUCCUCUUCAACAACGUCGCCAAAAUCCGCCAAGAGCAACUGAAGAAGCUCGCAGAGACCGCCGCCAAGGCCAAGGUCGGUGGGAAAUGAAUGAUGAUUUAAAAACACCCCUCAUUAAAUGUGGCUACACGUAUACAUUUGGAUGGGCAUACCGGUAGUCCUUUUGUUGGCGAGCAUUUGGCAUCCGGCGGACCGACCGGGCCCGAGUCCGCAGGAUCUGUGUGAUUUCCUGUUGCUAUCUUUGCGGCGCAAUAGACUUCAGCUUUUUACUUCAUUGUGUAUAUACAUUGCCUCAGAAACCCUAGCUAGAUCAGACAACAAUCAGUAUGUAUGGACGCGUUUUAGACUCCGCCAUAAGCUUUGAAAUCACAGACAAGCAA